AUGCGUCCUCGUCCUUGGGCUGUGGCCCUUUUGGCCACUGGAGCUCUGGGUCAAGUUACUUGCACUCCAAACCCAGGCGCGAAUCUCUUCUCCAACCCAUCAUUUGAGCAAGGUCUGACAAACUGGGCUAUCGUCGGGCCUACCCCUGUGGUCACAGCGGGCGAUAGCUCCGACGGUGAGGAGCAUCUGACGUCGCCCAGAAAUAGUGCAUUGACUUGGGUUACCCAGACGGUCUCCAACCUCCAACCAGGAGUUCCUUACACUUUUUCUGUCGACUGGAGGUCGACGACUCUACCAGGCCAGGCCAACCUUCUUAGAACCUGUUAUGUGACACUCCACCACGACGCUUGGCAAGCGGAAAAUUUCAUUAUCAACUACUCAGGCUCUGUUAAUAGGGGGGACUCCCCUUGGACGACGGUGACAGCCACUUUCAUCCCCACUGUCUCCGCGCACCUCUUGGGAGCCAGAGUCCAAUGCAACACCAUAGGCGGAGGUAAUAGUUACAUAUUCGUCCAAGUCGAUAAUAUGAAGUUCUUCAAGACCGGUACUCCUACCUGCACGACUCUCACACCCUCGCCUACCGUGACCCCGACUGUUUCUGUGCCAGAGCCCGUCGACCCAACUUCCAGCUCGCCAGUCGUUCCAUCUAGCCCGGUGUCUGUCACUCCUUCUUCGACUCCUUCCAGCUCGCCAGUCGUUCCAUCUAGCCCGGUGUCUAUCCCUCCUUCAUCGACUCCUUUGUUCACCCCAUCGGUCACCCCAUCGAUUACCCCGUCGAUUACCCCGUCCAGCGGUCUUUCAUUUUCAACCAUUCCUAUUUCAGUACCCACUUCUCCCUCCUCGUCGUUCAUUCCGUCUUCCUCGGCGGUAGUCACAUCGUCGCCUGUCAUCUCGCCAUCGUCCGCUGCUCCUUCCGCAACCCCCACGCCUGGCUCGGAUGAUGGUUGGGGCGAUUGGGACGAUGAGUGUGAUGAUGGGCCAUCCUCGACUCCUCCCGCUCCCACUUCGACCAUCACCCCGACAGUUUCAGUGCCUUCCAACGGACCCUCCUCGGAGCCUAUCCCUCCCACCUCGGUUGUCACCCCGACAGUCUCGGUGCCUUCCGCCGGACCCUCCUCGGGUCCUCCCACUUCGGUCAUCACCCCGACAGUCUCAGUGCCGUCCCCAGGACCCUCCUCGGAGCCUAUUCCUCCCACUUCGGUCAUCACCCCGACAGUCUCAGUGCCUUCCACCGGGCCCUCCUCGGGUCCUCCCACUUCGGUUGUCGCCCCGACAGUCUCGGUGCCUUCCGCCGGAAUCUCCUCGGGGCCUAUUCCUCCCACUUCGGCUGUCGCCCCAACAGUCUCAGUGCCUUCCGCCGGAAUCUCCUCGGAGCCUACUCCUCCCACUUCGGUUAUCGCCCCAACAGUCUCAGUGCCUUCCGCCGGACCCUCCUCGGGGCCUAGUCCUCCUGCUUCAACCAAGGACGGUGUGAUUUCAACUCCCAGCUCUGCGCCUGGACCCACCAAGAAUGCAACUCCGACUGUGACCGCUGGUCCGAUAAAAACCGAUACCCCAAACCAGGAAUCCCCGAGCACGACCCAGUUCACCACUUCGACGGUGUUUACCACCCAGGUCGUGACGGUGACCGCUUGCCCAUCCAGCGUUGCCAACUGUCCCGCCUCUGCUCAGACCACCUAUACUACCACUAAGACCAUUGCGCUUUCCACCACAAUCUGCCCUGUCACCGCGACUCCCACUGGUGCAGCUGCUUCCCAGCCUCAAGGCCCUGUAAUCACGGCAACAGCAACGAUCCCAGGAAGUGGUGAAAGCAAGCCGCAAUCCACUACGUCAACCGUCUGGAGCACGCGCACUGUGACCAUCACUGCCUGUCCCUCCACCGUGACCAACUGCCCGGCAUCGUCUCGAACAACUUCCGUCACAACGGAGACAAUCCUCGUGUCCACGACCGUCUGCCCGGUGACUGGGCAGCCACAAGCCACGUUCCCGGCUGGUCAGCAUCCGUCCGGAUCAAACCCUGCCGUGACCACCGAGACCCUUCUGACCACCCGCACGUCCGCUGUGAUCGCUUGCCCGUCUGCUUCUACUCACUGCCAGGGCUCUGAGAAGACCACGAGCAUGGUAACCGAGACCCUUGCCGCCGGUACUACCGUGUACACUCUCACGGCCGCUACAACCGCCGUUACUGGAGUAAACGCAGUGAACCCUAAGAUUAGCUCCACUUCUAGCACUAUCACUACAUCUGGCCCCGCCGUGACCGCCGUGGGCGGAGCGAGCUCCGAAGUUAGCUCCACUCCUAAUGGCCACAGUGCCUGGACCAACCAGACCACUAGCAGCGGGGUUCGUCUCAGCUCGGGCAUCUGGUCGACUACCCUUCAGACAUCGGUUCCUACCAAGUCCGCAGCUAGCGAGCCUUCGACUCAGUAUGGCUCCCCUUCAACCGAUGCUGUAGCACCGCUGUUCACUGGAAGCGGCAUGUCCCAGGGAGUUAGCCGCGGAACGUUCCUUUCUGCUCUCGCCAUGUCGGCAUUGGCUAUGGCCUUGAUCUAG